ACAAUAUGGAUACAUUUUCCACAUUUUUCCUUCUUUCGCUACUCUUAUUGUUUUCAUGUCUUAGCCUUUCUGCUGCACAGAACAUAACUCAAAUCAAAAGUGAUGAAUCCAUACUUCUUGCUUUAAAAUCCCACAUCACUUCUGAUCCUCACAAUAUGUUGAAAAAUAAUUGGACCAGUGGAACCUCGUUUUGCACGUGGAUAGGAGUUACUUGUGAUUCACGUCGUAGCAGGGUCACUAAAUUAAAUAUCUCUGAUAUGGGACUCGAAGGAAGCAUUUCACAGGAAAUUGGAAAUCUUUCUUCCCUCGCUUAUCUUGAUAUGAGUGGAAACUCUUUUCAUGGUCGGCUACCAAAGGACAUUUGCAGUCACAAUAACCUUCAAAGACUCAAACUACUUGACUUGUCGUCUAACAAAUUGCAAGGAGAUAUACCGUCAAGUUUGUACCAAUGUCCACAACUUGAGAGUAUUGACUUGUCACGCAACAAUUUGAUAGGUCCAAUACCAUCCACCAUUGGGAAUCUAUCAAAUUUGCAGUGGCUAGACCUCCCUUCCAACAAAUUAAAUGGUGAG